AUGAUUAGAGAAAAAAUUAUUAAGGUUUCGCAAUUCAUUUGUAGAUGUAUUCAUUCAUCUUCAAUUCACAAUUCUAUACUUAGCAUAGAAAUUUUGAUAUCGAUUAUUUUUAAAGCCUAAGAAGUUUGUAUUACAGUUGAUUAAAGUUUAAGUUUGAAUAAAGAAAUGAAGUAUUCAAAGAAUUAUAUAUGAAUUAGUCUCAUCUUUUAAUUUGUUAGAUAUUGUUUGGCUUUUGAGUAAAAUUCUCAGUUUUACUUUUCACUAAUUGUUUAUUUAUUUUUUUUUAUGCACAUUGCCUUUGUGUCACUUUUUGUUUUACAUUUAAUACGAGAAGAGAAAGAGAGUACCUUUUCAUUCCAAAUUUUACACUAUUGUUUUAUCUAUUAUACAUCUUUAAUAUAUACACCAGUAAUAUAUUCUUCUUUGGAAAUAUUUUAUUAAGUAGCAACAGGGAAUCAAACAUUUAUUACACUAAACUCAAAUGGGAUUUUUUUGAUAAUUUCAUGUUCUUUAAAUCUCUCUAUAUGUAUAUUGAUGAAAUUAAUCCAAUUAUAUUUUUCAAGGUCACAAACAUUAACAGGAGAUAACAAUAUUAUAGUUUUAGAAAACUAAAUGGUAUAUAAUAUAAUCAAGGAAGUUUUGAUGAUUCUUUCAGUUAUUUUAAAGAUUUAUCAAUAAUAAUAAAUAAUUAGAGUGAUCUUAGUUUUUUUAAAGUAAGGAAUAUCCAUUAUAUAAUAAAUCAAUAAGAAUAACUGUUUCAUUCAUGUAUUGAUAAAAGUAGUUUCUAUAAUUACAAUAUUUGGUCUAUUUAUUGGAAUUUAUAUUUGUGAAUAUUUAUUAUUAGUUGCCAUUUUCAUAUAUAUCACCAUCUAAAUUUAACAUAGACUAAUAUUGUAGUACAUAAUGACUUAGAAUCAGGCAAAUAUCAUAACACUUUAAGUAUCACAUAUAAUUAUAAUUAAGUUAAUUUAGAUAUCAUUAAAUAAAGGGAAUUUUAAAGAAAAUUAAAUCCUAACAUCUAUUGUAUUCAAAUUACAUAAAUGUUCCAAAUGUAAAUAACCUUCUAAUAUGAUAAAUUGUUUAUUCAAAACUAUCAUAAAAGGAACAUCAGAAUUAAAUUACCUAAUUCAAUAUUGCAAUUAUUUAUCAGAAAAAUAUCCAAUUAAAUCCUUAACAAAAUUACUACGAAUUUCAACCAGAAAUUUGUAUUUCAUUGGAACUUCUUAAAAUUUAAUCAAGUAUUUAAAAUAACAAAGUGAUUUAUUACUUGAAUUAUCUGAAAAAGAUGUAUUUGCUUAAAAAAAAGAGAAUAUUACUAAAUAAUUAAGAACUAAAACAGUUUUUGAAUGCUAUUUUUCAUAGGAAUCAAUUUUCCCUAUUUUUGAAAAAGUUAUCAUGUAAAAGAUUAACUUUUAUAAUCAUUUAAUAAAAGGAUAUGAUAAUAUUAAUACUUACAUUAAUGAAGCUCUUGCUCUUUCUUAAAAUAUUAUAUAGUGUAAGUAAUUAAUGAAUCAAAAAUAUGAUAUGGUAAAUGAAAGAUUAAAAAAUUCCAUCAUCUCUGAGACAUUAAGUAUGAGAAUUAUAUAAAUAUACUAUUCUUCUAUUUACAAUAAUUAAUAUCUAUCUUUUAAAAUUGAAAAGAAAAUUGAAGAACAAUUGAAAAAUGAAAGAUUUCGUUAAGAUGAGCCAUUAAGUAGUAUUUAAUUAAUUCAAAGUAAAUAAUAGAUUUAUAAUAGAUAGAGUAUUUAUAUUUUAAUCAAGUUUAAUAAAAAAUAGAGGAGAAUUUAUUAAUUUAGAUACAAAGAAACUGUCUAUCUUCUUAGAUGAACAAGAAGAUGAUCUUAAAUUAAUUAAACAUUGUUCCUAAUUAAUGCCAUAAUUUUUAUCUGAUAUUCAUGAUGAACUAAUUGAUAAAUAUAUAAUAUAAGGUUAUACGUAGACUCAAAAAACAAGCAGGAAAACAUACAUUUAGAAUUCAAAAGGGUAUAUAGAACCUUGUGUUUUCAAUAUAUAUCCUCAUUUUGAUACAGAAAAUAAUGAUCUCAUGAUGAAUAUUAUUAUGAGUAAAACAUAAUAAAAUGAUAUGAUAUUGUUUGGUGUUGAUGGAUCAAUUCAUGGUUUAACUAAAUAGUUUUAUGAAAGUGCUGCUAAAUCUAAUUAUCACUUUAUGAAAAUAUUUAGAAAUGAAAAAAGAAUUAACAAUUCAAAAGAUGAAUCAAACAUAAAAUCUUUUUUAGAAAAAAAACCUUUAAUCCAAUAUUAUAUUCCAAAUAUUAUGUUUUAGAUAUAAGAAUUAGUAAAGUAAUAUUCAAAAACUAAAUCAUAUUAGUUAACUAAUUAAAAAUCUACUUGGAUAAUUCCAAGUAAUCAUUAAUAAUGUUUAAUGUCAACUUAAAACUUAUUAGAACCUUUUAAAAUUCAAAAUUCUUAUUAUGAGAGAUCUUAUAAAAAAAGAAUUCCUUAAUUAUCAAUUUUGAAAUAAAAAUUUGAUGUAAGUAGAAGUCGUUAAACAUUUUAUGAUACAAAACAUGUAGAAUUUGAUGAUAAAGAAAUUGAUGGAAUUCCCAUAAUUUUACUUUAACCAUAUUUAUAAUCCUAAUUAAUUGAAAUUGUAGAUUUUGGAGAUGUAUCAAAAUCUUAAUUUCAAUUAGCACUUUAAUAUGAUUUACAAUUUAACACUUUUGAAAUUUAAAAAAAGAAAAUUGGUUAUUUUGUAUUAAUUUUAACAGAUUUUAAAGUCUUAUCUACUUAAUCAGUCUUUUCUAAUUCUGUUCAUAAUGAAUAAAAUUUUAGAUCAGCAAUUUUAGAUGAUUAAAUAUCCCAAAAUCCCCCUUAGCCUUAAUCUAUUACCUGUGUGAACAAAUAAGAGUAAUAUGAUGUAAAUAGUGAAGUAAAAUAAGAAUUUAAGGCGGUAAAUGAUACUCCUGAACCUGAGGGUUAAAAGGAAAAUGAAUACUUGAACUUCAGUAGUGCUAAUCAAAGUUUUGAGUAGCAUUUGAUUAAAAAUUAGAUCCCUUUAAGAUCAUCAGAAACAUAAGGUUAAAUGGAUACAUAUAGAACAUAAUUAGGACCAUUAGCAUUGAAAUCCAAAUUUUCUGAAAAUUAUAAUAUAGAAGAUAUUGAUUUAAAUGAUCAUAAUGAAUAGGUAAUUGCAAUUUUAAUAAUUUAAGUUGAAAAAAUAGAAACAUUCUAAACUUGAUCUUCAAAUUAGUAAAAAAAAAGAUGAAAAAAGUAGAAGCAAAUCUUAAUUAAGAGAAAAAUUAUAAUUUUAUGAAAAUAAAAAAGAAGAAAACAAUGAUUUUGCAUCUAAUCCAUCAAGAUCAUCAGUUUGUUCAACUUAAAAAGAAACAUAAUUUUUAGUUGAAUAAAUAUAUUCCAAAACUUAACUUAUCUUGCCACUAUAAAAAAUUGUCAUGAUUUUGGUUAUAAUGUUGAUUUGUAUUUUAGUAAUAUCAUUGGCAGACUAUUUAGUAGUUGUAUAAAAUCUAUAAUAAUAAACAACUGGAGUAAUGAAUUUGUUAGAACCAUAAAACAUAACUUAUUAUUAUUCUUCUGUCAUUUAUUAAUUAUGGUCAAUUUAAUUGCAAUAAUAAAAUGUUAUCAAACUCAGUGAAUUUUAAGAAUAAAGAAAUUUGGAAACAGUUGCUUCGAUGUUUGAAAAUGGGAGAAUAUAUUUAAAGCAUUUAAAUAUAAAAGUUCCAAAAUUAGCCUAAGAUUAAGGAAUAAAAGAGUUUGAGAUUAAAUAAGUAACAAAUAAUAUCCUAAAUACUUUUACUACCAAUGUUGAGAAUUUUUAUAUUAUGUUGAAUUAAGUUACAGAGUCUGCUUAUAGAAUGAACCUAAAUUCUCCUAAUCCACAUUAUGAAGAUUUAUAUACAUCUGGAUUUAUUAGAUUAAAUAUUUUAUAAGUAGCUAAUUAGAUAAAUCAUUUAGUUAUUUAAAUCAUUGAAGAUACUAUUUCAUCUUAAAAUUAGAUAGUAUUAAAUUUUGAAAGAUUGAUACUCAUUUAAUUAUUUCUUGUGUUGCUUUUAAUAGUGAUUCAAUUAAAAUAUUGGAUUUUCAUUGAUAAAUUACAAAAGUCCAUCCUAUUUUUAGUGUCUCAUUUAAAUGAAAAUUAAGCAGUCGAAUAAAUAGUUAAAUUGAUGGCUAUUAAAUCAAUUUUAGAUAUUAACAAUUCUUAAAAUUGGAAAAUAGAGAACUUUUCUUAGAUAAUGAUUGAAAAUGAAGGAAAAAAGAGAGUCAAGUAGAAAUAAAUUGAAUUUUCUGGCAAACCAAAUAGUUCUGAAUCAUCCUUAACAUCAAGAAUUAAAAAAACUAAACACAUAACAAAAAUUAAUUACAUCAUUAUUAUUUGGAUUAUUAUUAUUUGGAUCACAUAUAUAUUAACUAGUUAUUUAUUAUUUGUCAAAAAUAAUGAUAAUUUUUAACCAUCCCUACAUGCCACUUUAAAAUAUGGAUAAUUUAGAAUAAAAAUGGAUAUUGUAAGUCUUUUUGGAGGUCUUAUUAAAACAGAAAAUUUGCUAGCAAACAAUAAUCUAUCCUAUAUUAAUUAAACAGAAACUUUACUCUUAUUUAAAGAAUGUAAAAAUUCAUUAUUAUCGAUAAUAAACGAAGUCUCAACUACAAUUUUAGAAAAUGCAAAUAAAAAUAAUUAAGUGAGUUCAUUUGAUAGUUUCUUAAAUGAUGAUAUUUGCUAAAUAAAAGCUUGGGAAGAGAUUCAAUCUUGUGAUCCUUCUAAAUAGCAUCUGUCUUAUUCUAGGUAAAUAAAAUCUUUAUAAAUUAUAAGGAAAGAUUCAAUACAAAAUCUAGUUGUAAAUGGCAUCUUGGGUUAUACAGCCUCCUUAGUAAAAUACAUAGAUUCAGAUUAUAAUUAAGAAAUGAAUUUACUUUAGUAUAAUAGCAAAGAUGAAAACAGUGUUGCAAUUUAAAGCCAAUCCUUUUAAAAUUAUUUUCUAUCAUAUUUUUGUGAUACAUAAGAUACUUUUUUGGAUUUUUUGACUUUGUUUAAAGCUGAUAAUUCCAAUAUUGCCCAAAGCAUUAUUAACUUAAUGGAAAUUUACUAUUUAGUAUUAGGAUCUUUGUAUAAUAUAUUAAUAAUUUUAAAGCUAUUUCAUUUUUAUGUUAUGUGUAUCCUCUAUAUGGAUAUUCUUGGAAUAAAAAAAAAUGAUAUCACUUAGAUAAAUAUUAGUGCUAAUUCCCCAAGAUGUAUUGUAAAAUCAAAACAUGAAAAAUAGAAUUAAACUAAUAUUUCGAUGGUUAUAUUGA